AUGGACGACAAGAAAAAGCUUAGCGUAUUUUCAAUGCUCAUAUAUGUCCUUUUGAUUGCCAGCGCGAUGAACUUCGUCUGGAAGUCAGGUGUGAUCGAGUCCAAGUACUUGGUGACCCGAGCCGUGGAAAACUGGGUGAGUAGUCACCACUUUCAGUUGGACCUCAAGAGGAAGUACUUCAGCGACAUCGACAGUAUAGAAGAUGUGCAGGAAUGGCUGCGCUAUGCCCUGCCGCGGAUCAUGGCGCCGGCGACACCACGGUCCAACUUCCCGCUCUAUGCGGUGCGGUUCUCUCUUCGGAAUGUUCAAGAGAUCAACAACACAGAGCCCCGCUUCCAGACACGAGCAGGUGUGACAUGGAAGGACAAAGUGGGCCUCGAGACCUCCUCGUCUUCAGUAGCUGCGCUGACUGAGGGAUACGAGAAUGACGAUACCAGCAGCUAUGGUGUGUACCGCGAGUUCGGCUUCAACUCACCCUUUGCUGUGCACCUCUUCCAACGCGACAUGAGCCAGGAGACGGACUUGGCCAGCAUUGCAAAUUUUAGCCUCGGUUUGCAGUGGUGUUCCAAAGAGUUUUCCAUUUGCUCCGGAGAGCUGCUAGGAACGCAGUCCAUUACCAAGUCGCAGUCAGUGGCGGAUGUGGUUGACGACUGCAAUUACCGGUGCGAAAAGAUGGAGCGGAAUGGCAAGCUUUGCUACUGCUGGACACGGACACAGUCGGAGUGCAAGUUCUACCACGUUCCCGUGAAGCAAAUGGUGGGCACGCCGCCGACUACGCCUUGCUGGAACCACUCGGCUGGCGAGAACGUCUAUCCGGCGCUCGAAGACGGCCACCUUGGCAGGACUGCCCACUUCCCCCUUCUGAAGCGCUUUGUGCACUCUUCGGAAAUCUGGCGGGGUGCGGAAGAUGGCCUUACUGGCUUUGCUGGGAGCAAAGGCUUCGUCUACAGCCUGUCCUUCAUUCCGCAAGAGCAAAUUGAUUUCCUGACGGCUUUGCAGCUGAACGUGUCCAAUGGUACUGUCAGGACGACAUACUCCACUCAGAACCUACUUUUCGCACAGCUGAAUGACUGGAUGCUGGGAGGAUUCCUGGGACCCACGGCAGGCUACCUCGUGGUUGAUUGGAUGAACUGGAAUGCAAACUUCGAAGUCGUCAGCUGGCUGGUUUUGAAGUUCAAGGCGGAGGCUUCAGGGCUGGUCACUGGCGAACGCAACAUCUACCACCUUGUGGUCAAGGAGGAUGACCUGGAAUCUGUGCGAGCCGACGAACACAGCCUGCUCUGGCCCGACUUUGACCUCUGGCAUGCCUUGUACAUCAUCCUCGUAAGAAGGCUUUCCUUGUCCUCUUUAUCUUUGCAAGAAGGGGGCUGCAGGUACGAGAUGAUUCUCACCGGGACGAAGUACUUCACUUCUGGCUGGGCAUUGAUGUCAAUCUGUGGCAUUGGGUUGCACAUCGCAACCAUUGCGCUGCGGUACCGCCACCACCAGUCGCUGAACUUCACCCUUGAGCUCGCUAAAACGGAUCCUGGCAAGCUCUACUCUCCCAACAUCAAGAUGUUCGAAGAAGAGGCUGUGGCCUGGUCAGAGUUUAUCAUCGUCGCCAGCAUCAUGAUGGUCUUCUUGCACGGCUGCUUGGUACAGUACCUGAGCGACCUGAUUCCGCGCGUGUCGGUGCUUGUGGACACGGUGAGUAGGUCCAUUACACCUGUGUUCUUCCUCGUGAUUAUCCUGGGCGACGUUUUCUUUGGCUUUGUGAUAUGGAGCAAUCUGCUGUUCGGAAAGAGCGUGCGAGACUUUUCGGACAUCGCGCUUUGUGCCAUUUCCCUGACGGAGAUGAUCUUUGGGCGCCUGUCUGUCGUGGAGGAGCUUCGCGAUGCCUUCCCACUGACCGGCUUUCUGUUCUACCUGACCUUCAUGAUUCUUUUCUUCUUCAUCUUGCAGUACCUGAGCAGAGCUGUGGUGUUCACCUCCUUCGAUGAUGCGAGCAAACAGGAUAAGGAACAGAAGGAGCUUGUUCUUCCAGACCUGGCCGGCGGCAACGAUCAGCUUUCCAAGCUUUGGAAGCGCCAGCUUGCGUGGGGCAAAAAGUUGUUGGGCAUCAACCGUGCGAGCAUUGCGGGCAAGGAUUUGCAGAUUUCUUAUGGCCCGUUUGUGCUGGCUCUGUACGUCACCUUCGUGAACCUGGUGCUUUGGGUCCCCGAAUCCAAUGACGUCGUGGAAUCGCUGACUUCGGCCUUGAAAGAGCCGACGUUCCGAAAGCUCUACCCGCUCUCUGGGGAGAUCGAGCGCGACAUGAGCUUUGACAGGAUCGAAUCGCCCGAGGAUGUGAUGCUGUGGAUGGCAAGUGGACUCCCCACCACCUUGUACAACUCCUCGACGGCCUUGCCAGGUGAGAACGAGUUGGAGACGUAUGCAGCGGCUACGCAGUACAAACAGGCCGUCAUCCGUGACUGGAACAUUCUUCUGGGCCAGACGCCGGUUCGAUUGUCCUUAAAGUACAAUAAGCUUUUGGAUGCACCCUUGCCGUCCGCAACUUCACGGCUGCCAGUGCCGCAGAAGUUUCGCGAUCCGAAUCAGGAUGUGACCGACAAAACGGCGGCCCAGCCAGAUGUUGGGGGUGCUGCGAUUUCUUCACACGCAGCUGAGUUUCACUGGGGUUCUGUCAAAUGUGCUGCGAACUCGACCGAGGAGGUCCACGACCUCCGGGCCCGCGCGAUGUUGGAGAAGUACUGUGGCAACUACACAACGUCCUACGGCUCCCAACAGGUACCCAAUGGCUUCACCUGCAUGCUGAGCGUGGACUCGCAUGCAACCCGUGACGCCUUGCGUGACAUGCAGCUGAAUGCCAUUGUGACAAAUCAAACGCAGCAAGUUGCCAUCGAUUUCGUUGCCUACAACGGCAACGUCGACAUCUUUUUCUAUGUCGCUAUUGUUUUUGAUUUCACUCUCAGUGGCUUCAUUGAGAAGGACAUCCUGGUGGAGACCAUCAAGCUGCCGGACAUCCAGAGCCCUCUCUUUGCCUUGCGCUUGUUUCUGGAGAUUGUCGUGAUUAUCUUCACCAUCUCCCGCUUGGCCCUGGCACUACGGGAAGUCUACAGGGCGACGCUGGCAGGAAUCCGAAAGGGCAAGGCCAGCAAGUUCGGUGAGCGGCUGUGGGUUGCCAUCCAGGUGAUUUCGUUCAGAGUGCUUGGUAAUCCCUUUGUCCUCCUCGACUUCCUCAGCGGCAUCACGACGAUCGUGACACUGGUGAUGUGGUAUUCCUUCGUCCUUUUGGACUUGACACAGGCUUUCUUCUUUCCAGAGACGCCUGUGUGGACGCCAGCCCAGUGUGUUUCGAUGGGGCUAUGCAGCGAUGCGGCUGUCAUUGCUAAGUUCUCUGCGGCUAGCGACCAGAUGAGGUCGUUCGCUCUCGUGUGUGCGGCCAACACCAUCUUCUUGUUUGUGUGCUCCCAAAAGUACUUGGAGGCUUAUCCCUACUGCAGGGUCAUUUCUAAUACGAUCAUCCGUGGUGCGGCUGACAUCUUCUGUUUCUUGGUCGUGAUGGUCGUGCUCCUCAUGGGCUAUGUGGCUAUGGGCCACACGAUCUUCGGAACCAUCAUGCAAGACUUUUCCACGGUUCAGCACUCGCUCAUCACCUGCUUCCAGAUGUUCCUUGGAACCUUCCGGAACUUUGAGGUUAUGCGGCAAGCAAACAGCUUUGCGUAUUAUUUCUAUUGGUACACCUACAUGGUCCUGUUCAGGUACGUUCUGGUGAACAUGUUCUUUGCAAUCAUUGCCAAACAUUUUGAGGUCGAGGACCGGGAAACGGAGGACAAGAUGCGGCAGGAGGUCGAGGCCCAGGCAGCCAGCGGAGAGGCGAAGCAAGGCUUCUUCAAGCAAUGCGUGCAAGUCUGCAAGUCUGGCGUCGCAAGCCUGAUUGGACGGGACAAGACCGACCACUACGAGGUGGACGAUGCCGAAAGCACGGCCGAAACCGGUAUGGAGCUGACCGAAGGAUUUGAUGAUGAUUCCAUGAGUGUUCCGCGAUCUCCGAGAACACCAAGGUCGCCGAUGAGGGGCGGCAUCGCUGACCUGCUUUCUACGGAAUCGCCUCCGGACUCAAGCUUCAUUACCGAGCAGACGGUUCAAGAAGAACACUGGCAGUAUCUGCCGGAGAAAACCAAGAAGUGGGCCAUCAUUACUGCCCAGGACAUCUACAGUUUCAUCGAGGAGAAGAGCAAGCUGCGAGAACAAGGCGAAAAGCACAACAAGGAGGUGUACGACAUCGACCGCAUCUUGGAAGACACGGAAGGCCAAAUCCAGGAGAAGGGGCUGGAGUUGGGCAAGGCGGCCGAGAAGGUCAAGCUCGAGCUGGGCCAGAGGGAGCUGAGAUCCUUAAAGGUCAUCCAUCAGGACCAGGAGAGCUUGGCCUGGUACAUCAUGAAGAGGGAGGUGGAGCUUAAGAAGCUCGAGGAGAACAAGUUGGUGAAGCAAGACCGCUACGAGAAGAUGGUGAAUGCGGCACAGAGCCUGGUCAGCGGCCAGGGAGAAGAGGAGGAAGAGGAGGGUGGCUACUAG